UUUAUUAUAUAUCAAAAUCAAUAAAUCUAAACAUUUCUAUAUAUCUGAUUUGUGAAGACUAACUAACACAACAACCAAACCAAACAAAUCGCUAAACAGUUUGCUAAAGUCAAUCAAAGAUGAAAGUUGUGUCGGCUUUGUUACUAUUGUCAGUUCUAUGUCUGAAUUAUGGCCAAACAGUAGUGGCCGCCGCUGCCGAUGAAAGUAAUGGCCAUUACUUGCACAGAAUACCACUCCAUAAGAUACCGUCAGUUCGGCGACAGUUACAUGAAGUGGAAACUUCGGUCAAAUAUGCUCUACCGUUGCAUCACCUGAAACACUAUCGAUCAGGUUUGCAGCCGAUUCCCGAACCGUUGUCAAACUACUUGGAUGCCCAGUACUAUGGAGUCAUAUCGCUGGGAACUCCCCCGCAAUCAUUCAAAGUAGUCUUCGACACCGGCAGCUCUAACCUAUGGAUACCAUCGAAGACAUGCAAAUGGACAGACAUUGCCUGUUUGUUGCACAACAAGUAUGACUCGAUAAAGUCUUCGACAUAUAAGGCCAACGGAACCGAUCUGGAGAUCCGAUACGGAUCGGGUAGUAUGAAAGGAUUUCUGAGCACCGAUCUGCUAGCUAUCGGUACGGCCAAGAUUACCGACCAGACAUUCGGUGAGGCAACCUCUGAGCCGGGCAUUGCAUUUGUGGCCGCAAGGUUUGACGGAAUUCUUGGUCUGGGAUUCGACACAAUAUCGGUGGACGGCGUGACCACUGUCUUCAACAAUAUGAUCAAACAAGGAAUUGUUUCGACGCCAGUGUUUUCGUUUUACUUGAACCGGGACACCACUACUGGGCCGGGCGGUGAAAUUAUAUUCGGCGGAUCAGAUCCCGAUCACUAUAAGGGCAAUUUUACCUAUGUUUCGGUCCAGAAGCCCGGUUAUUGGCAAUUCACAAUGGAUAGUGUUGGUGUUGGUAGUGGACAGGUAGCCGCCGCCGCUGGCGAUCAAUUCUGUAAGGAUGGCUGCCAAGCGAUCGCCGAUACGGGAACUUCGCUGAUUGCCGGUCCGUCCGACGAAAUCAAAGAACUAAACCGACAAAUUGGUGCCACACCUAUAGCUAUGGGCCAGUAUUUGGUCAAAUGUGACGAUAUCGACAAAAUGCCUGAAAUAUCGUUUGUCAUCGGCGGCAAAGUAUUCAAACUGACUGCCGCCCAAUACGUGCUCAAAGUAACACAAUUUGGCAAAACAAUGUGUAUAUCCGGCUUCAUAGGACUGGACGUACCGAAACCAAUGGGUCCGCUCUGGAUUCUGGGCGACGUCUUUAUUGGUCCCUAUUAUACUGAAUUUGAUUACGGAAACAAAAGAGUGGGUUUCGCCGAAACUGUCUAAACAUAUCUUUUUCGCUAAAAAUAAUUUAAUUGAUUUAAACGGUUCCUAUAAAUACUGUGUCUAUAAACUAUGGUAUGUUUUAUAUAUAUACUGUAUAUUAUUAACUAUAAUGUGAUUUAAAAUAAUUAAAUAUUUUUCCAACAUAUAUAAAAUGUUAGAGACAGUUAAAUAAUUGCAUUCAAAAAUUUUCUAUAUAAUAAUAAUUAUUGUCAACUAAUUUUGUUUUUUUUAAUAUAAAAAUCUAUUAUAACUUAUAGAUAUAUCUUAUUAUAGCGUAUGACAAAUCAAUGACUUUAUUUUUGAUGAAAUUAUCAGUCGAUUUAAUGUUUAUUUUUUAAUUAGAUUAUGUGAUUAGAUGUCAUAAAUAUUUUUUUCAAUUUACUAUUAAAGACUGUUAGCAACAAAAAUACAGUACCAAAAUGACAUCACAAUUAAACCAGUUUAAUAAAUAUUUUAAAUGCAAUUUAUAUAACAGUCAUUUAAAGUACUACUAGUAGUAGUUAUUUUCAUAAAAAUAUAACUUAAAAAUUUUUGAAAUAAGUCACAAUUUUUUAAAAAUGUAUUUUGUUAUAAUUUAAUGGUUAUAUCUUUAAUGAAAUAUAUUUAUACUGUAUAAUUGGUUUAAAUAAAUGAUUGAUAAAUUAAAUAA